CUCGCUUUGUCUAGAUGAUCAGGGGAAACUCCGCGCUAGCGCCAGGCACGGGAAUUCACAUGCUCACGCCACUCUUCACUUUCUGGCCGAUAAAAAAGAAAAGUAACCUGGUGUUUCUCCCUCUUCUCCCACACGUCUGUUGUCCAGCUGUCCUUCGAAACAUGCAACUGACCGUGGAAACUCUCUCUUUCUGAUCCUCUCUGCGUUCGCGUCGUCCACAAUGACUACUACCACUAUCGUUGAAGCUCCGGCGGAGCCCGUCACCAAGGCCCGCGAUGAGGCGGAAGUGCGCAGGCGUGUGCACCACGAAGCAGACGUCGUGAUCGUGGGUGCUGGUAUCAUGGGCUGUGCUCUUGCUGUCGCACUGGGCAGACAGGGACGCAGUGUGCUGUUGCUGGAACGGUCUCUCAAAGAGCCUGAUCGUAUUGUUGGCGAGUUGUUGCAGCCUGGUGGUGUCCGAGCGCUCGAGCAGUUGGGACUUAGCGAUUGUCUCAAGGGCAUCGAUGCAAUUCCCACCAGAGGCUAUGAUGUGAUUUACCACGGUGUCCCAGUCCAGAUUCCCUAUCUCAAGCCAGAUGGUUUCUCCUCGAUCUCAGAAGGCUGCGCCUUUCACCAUGGACGCUUUGUCAUGAAACUGCGCCAGGCUGCCAUGGACUGUCCCAAUGUCACCGUUGUCGAGACUACCGCCACUUCCCUUGUUACCUCUCCGCAUACAAACCAGGUCCUAGGUGUCGAUUGCACCACCAAUGGCUCGAAGGAUUGCUAUUUCGGCCAGCUCACCGUCAUUGCGGACGGAUACGCCUCCAAGUUCCGCAAGGAACACCACCCACACACUCCCAAGGUGAAAUCGAAGUUCUUUGCGCUGGAGUUGAUCGAUGCGGAGCUCCCCAUGCCCAACCAUGGCCAUAUCAUCCUGAGUGACAAUGCGCCUGUUCUCCUGUACCAGAUCGGAACACACGAAACCCGCGCGCUGGUCGAUAUCCCCGAGAAUCUCCCCUCUGCGUCCGUGAAGAAUGGAGGUGUCAAAGGCCAUCUGCGUAACACUGUGCUUCCGUCGCUUCCAAAGAGUGUGCAGCCAUCCUUCCUGGCGGCGCUCGAGAAGAACCAGUUGCGCUCGAUGCCGAACUCGUUCCUUCCGGCAUCCACGAACAACACUCCGGGCUUGGUGAUCUUGGGAGAUGCGCUCAAUAUGCGCCACCCAUUGACUGGUGGUGGAAUGACUGUCGCGCUCAAUGAUGCUGUGAUGGUGCGUGACCUGCUUAGUCCUGAGAAGGUUCCGGACCUCUCAGACACAAAGAAGGUCCUGAAGCAGAUGUCCGCCUUCCAUUGGAAGAGAAAGAACUCCGCUUCAGUCAUCAACAUUCUAGCCCAGGCUCUUUACAGUCUGUUUGCGGCUGAUGACGACAAUCUCAAAGUGCUCCAGCGCGGUUGCUUCCGUUACUUCGAGCUUGGAAUCGUCGAGGGACCUGUCGGUCUGCUUUCUGGCCUGGUCAAGCAGCCGCUUGUCUUGUUCUGGCACUUCUUCGUAGUCGCCUUUCUUUCGAUCUGGGUCAUGAUCAGCGAGGCUCCUCUCUACAUGCUGCCCCUGAACCUCUUGCGCAGCUUUGCUGUUUUUUGGACAGCUUGCGUUGUGAUCUUCCCAUACAUCUUGGUGGAGAUGAAGUCCUAAACGGCAGAAUUCUUAACGACCUUCAACUAAUUUCAUGGACAGGGAGGACUCCUUUACGCGAUCCUGCAAACUUCUUCAUUUCUUGAUGUCGACUGGAUCUUCCAUGCACAUUUUUUUCAGAAAAACAAAACAAUACCCCCUCC